AUGGCUGAAAAGACAUUGAUAGAGUUGGUGAUUAGACAAAAGGUACAUUCUGGUAAUGAAAUUAGGAUCUGGGAAGAUCUUUGGAUCCCAACGAUGCCGGCAAGACCAGCUAGGCUAAUUGCACCGGUGGUUCACCCAAUGUUGCCAGUAAGUGACCUGAUGAUUGGGAACCCGAAGAGAUGGAAUACUCAGAUGCUGGAAAACUAUGUUUAUCAGGAUGACAUCCCAUUGAUCCAAUCUCUGGCCAUAAGCCAGGAUUAUCAUAGAGAUGGAUAUUGCUGGAGCUAUACGAAGAAUGGAAUGUACACUGUCAAAUCAGAUGAUGAAACUAUAAAUCAUGCCAUCUUCGAAUGCCCUCCAGCCCUACAGACUUGGGCACACGCGAAAACACCAACACCGCCAACACUAUUCCCAAGUGGAAGCCACUUCACAAAUAUAGAUUGCCUCUUAUGGCGAAAGAAUGAUAUUGAAGAUUCAGAAUUGGACAAGGACCCAUAUCCUUGGAUCAUAUGGUACUUCUGGAAAGCGAGGAACAAUAAACUAUUUAGAGGGAUAGACAGAGACCCUUUGGAAACUGUUAGACACGCGAAAUCAGAAUGUCAUGCCUGGUUUGAAGCAAAUCAUAGACCAGAAGGAAUGGUGGAAGCACAAAACCCAGAACGGGCUCUAAUCUCAGAGAGAUGCAUGAUAGAUGGAUCUUGGACACAUAACGCACUCUUUAGUGGCUAUCGGUGGACAUGGAUAAACCCAAGAGGAGCGACGCAACUUUUGGGAGCAAGGAAUCAACACUGA